AUGGAGGAUGAAAAAGAGGAAUUUGAUCUUAUAAAUAUUCCAGCUGCUAGAGGCGGCUGCCUUACAUUAUAUGUAAUGCAACCUCAUUCACCUUACGCUUCCUGGCUUCCCUUUGCUGGGGUGGCAUUCGUUUGCCUUCCUUGGUUGUUCUGGAUGCUCACAUGCUUUUAUCGAGUCGUCUCUCCGUCCUGUGGAUUUAGAGACGUUGGCAUUGAUCGCAAUGGAGGAGGAGGAAGAGGAGCAGGAGGAGGUGGUGCUGGUGGUCCCAUUGUUGCGAAUGCAGCGGAUAAUAAUAUGGCCAUAGAGGCUAGAGCUGUAGAGCGGCCACCAGUGAGGUCUCCAGAAAGUGAUGCAAGAAGGCGGGCACAAUUCGAAGCAAUCCUAGGAUUGGAAAAGCAAGAUGAUCAUGGCAGCUCACAAGGGAAGAAGAAGCAGAAGAAAAGUAACUCAUCUUCAAGCCAUUCUAGCAACGACUCGUCCGUGGAUUCACAUGAGAGCGAAAUGCCAUUAACCUUAUCAAUGGCAUCUUGA